AGCCCGUCGGGCUCCGCGAGCAACACGCCGUCUCAUUGAUUAUUCACCAAGGGUACAAAAGGGGAACGGAAACCUAGUGCUGCGAUAUCCGUGGAUUUAGGCCGUCGUUCUAAGCUGAUCAACGGCAGGGCUUGAAGCCUGCAGCCUUGCACACAGCAGACCUACAGUUCAAGAGAGAGAGAAAAAAAGUCAAUUGCAUUUACAUGAAAGAUGAUGGAAAUUCAGGGGUCAGGAGUCGUUUAGUAUAAGUCACUUGAAUACACGUGCCUCUCUUACCGUCCGCCACCUGUUGAAGAAGAUGUCUUCGAUCAUUUAAUUCAGGUAACUGAAGUUUUUAAAGAAAUCUACUUUGUAGCGGCAACUAGGUAGUCAUUCUUCAUUUCGCCUUUUCAAGGUUUCUGGAAGCAGUUAGGGAAUGUAUGAUGAAGCAGAAAUGAGCCGUCAGGAUGAUAUUUUAAUGGCUUAUAUGUCACGUCGGUGCAUGCGGCUUUGAACUCAAGCAGCCUGCGUUUCCUGCGGAGAACGCCGCAAAUCCCACUUGAUAACUUCUACCAUCCUUCAAAUUUAAAAAUCAGUCCUUCUUUGUAUAUUGGGAGAAGUAGUCUAAAGAUAAUGCUAUGGGAAACGUUUACUUUUCAUACUCCUAAAGUGUCCCUUUAGAAUUUGCACACUCAAUGAGCAGUAAAUCUUUUUGAAUCAAAUUGCUCCAGCUUCUGCUUCUAGACUGCUGUGAUUUUAAUAUCAAUGUUAUCAGUAUAUUGCAUCAUUUAAAGUAACGCUAUGUGGCUAGCUAUUGUAAUCACCCAGCAAGACAAUAUUAUGUUCUACUUAAAUCUUUAAGAACGCAGGAGAUCCAGAUAUCCAACCAAAGCAGACAAAUAAGAUUUCUUUUUGUGCACAAAUAUGGGACCUAUCGCGUCAGAAUAGUCAGUUUAACCACAAUUAGUAUCUUCUCAUAAGGCAAUUUUAGACCAUUAAAGUACCUUAAAAAUUACACUAAUUCCCUAUUCAAUACCCACACCGGCCUCGUGCUUUCGACAAAGUAAGCACGUAGCCUCAAAUUGUUGUAAAUUGGAAACUCAAGUGGCAUGCAUUUUAAUUUGUUUUUGGUAUAAGCUCUUAGUGCGAACCUUGUCGUCAGGUUCCUACCCCGUAAUGAUAAACAUGCUUCCUUGAGCAACAGCGCUACUGUAAAAUAUCUAUAGAACUUUGCUGCCGAAUAACGUCCUAAGGUGGUCAAUUAAACGCUGGGCUUUCGCAUACUCCAAUACCUUCGCGCGAAAUAUUUUGUUCGAAGUUAACCUGUUGUACUUUAACAGUAAAUACUUUUUUUUUUAAGUGUUUGUUUGAAAAAAAAAGCGUGCAAACGUGUUCGUGUAAACUGGGUAAUCACAAAACUGAAUUGGAAAGAGCAUAGAUUGGAAGAAAUAAGACAAGUAUUUGAAAGCACUGCCCUUCCAAAGUGAUGGUUUGCUAACGGAGAUAAUAGUUAAAGGAUGCGGUAAGAUCUCUUUGUUAUAAAAUAAGACUUUAACUCGGAGGUUUAGCUUCAAGGAAGUUCAUUGAAGUGGCGAACAAAAGGUAAAUUGAACGAUUCCGAUUCUGUGUUGGCUUUUUACGUUUCUAUUACUUGAAUGUAAUUAGACUUAAUGAAUAUGCAAACCGUUGGCCUCACUUUAAAAAAAAACUUUACAGGGACACAGUAAAUAGACUUUAACAAAUUUGGGGCAGCGGAUGGGAAAGUGUAAACUAAAAGAUGAUGUUGUAAAAAGCUAUAUUUUCCUUUACUGACGAUGUGCAUAAACAAUUUCCGCAUUCAUUGUCCGCAAUCAAUGAAAAGCGCACCACUUUUUAUACAUAAAGGGGGGAAAUCCUUACUUCCAGCUAUUCUGCGAUUGUGUGAGGACCUAUAGAUAUGUAUAGAGCAAUUCAUCGUCACCAUAGUAAAAAAAAAGGACCAAGCAAGAUGUUUUCAAUCGCCUUUUACAUGUGGAAAGACAGGUUAAUCAAGGGUUUCGUCUCGAAAACAACCGAGUGUUGUAUGUUUGUACUGAAUCCAAACAUAUGCAUUUUCCAAACCCAAUUCAAUAGAGUGUUCUUUCUCUUUUUGCUCACUCAUCUGGGUAAGUGAAUUUUCACCGGCGAUCAAAAAGCUACUGAACAACAAAGGAAGCCGCCCGCUUUUUUUUUUCUAGUCUGGAGUUGUGGCACAUUAACGAAUUUCAAACAGUCUGACAAGGGGUGACUGAAUUGUGAAGUCGAAGAAGACAAGAGUUUUCUUCUGUUCUCUCUCCCACCCCCUUUCCCUCCUCCUCUUUCCAUAUUAUAUAUAUAAAAAAACGGAGAGGGGGGAAAAAGAAAGAAAAUGCGGACGGCAAUAAUUUAUCAGGAGGGACUGUCACGGGUGCACAAUACCUGGGAUUGAUGAGGCGGGCGGGCCAAUCAGGAGGCGGGAUGUGCGCCCCAAGCUGGUGAUUGGCGCCAGGGCACAACGGGGCAGCGCCAGCCUGGCCAAUUGGUGGAGACGCCGAGCGCCACGUGACUCCUCCCCCAACUCCCAUUCAUCAAGGGGACGGUGUUGUCUUUUCAAUUCAUUUAUCUGCAGGAAUGAUUGCCGCUAUCAUUCUCGAGCUCACCGCCCGGCUGAUGAGGUGAAAGUUUCUCCCCAGGAAGAUAAACCGCAAAAGACAAUAUUGCAUGAUUUGCGUUUGCAGAGGGGGAAAAUAUCUUCAGCAAAUUCCCACACGCUGAAGAGAGAGAAGAGAGAAAAAUAAGGAGUUUUUGCAAGUCCUGCAGACAGACUCAGAGACUAUUUUAUAUUAAGCAAGUUUCGUUGUGAAUUGUUUGUAGUUUGCCUUUCUAUAUAUUAUUGUUCACUUUCUACCCCCAUCGCCAGACGAUGCUUCUGGACGCUGGACCUCAAUAUCCUACUCUAGGAGUGACUACCUUCGGAUCAUCCCGACAUCACUCAACAGGCGAUGUCAACGACCGAGAAGUGGGACUGGGGAUAAAUCCUUUCGCUGACGGGAUGGGUGCUUUUAAAAUCAGCCCCAGCACUCACGAUCUCGCAUCGGGUCAAACUGCCUUCACGUCGCAGGCACCAGGCUACGCCGCGGCUCUGGGUCACCACCCCGGCCAUGUGAGUUCGUACAGCAGCGCUGCUUUCAACUCGACCCGGGACUUCUUGUUUCGCAAUCGGGGCUUUGGGGAAGCGGCGGCGGCAAGUGCCGGUCACAGCCUCUUCGCUUCGGCCGCGGCUGCGGGCAGUUUUGCCGGACCCCAUGGACAUACCGACGCUGCGGGGCAUCUACUCUUCCCGGGGCUUCACGAGCAAGCGACGACCCACGCUUCUCCAAAUGCACAUGUAAUGAACGGGCAAAUGCGCUUAGGCUUUUCUGGGGACAUGUAUGGCAGAGCAGACCAAUACAGCCAGGUCACUAGUCCCAGAUCGGACCACUACGCCUCGACCCAGCUACACAGUUAUGGUCCCAUGAACAUGAACAUGGCGGCCCACCAUGGGGCCGGGGCCUUCUUUCGAUAUAUGAGGCAGCCCAUAAAGCAAGAACUGAUAUGUAAAUGGAUAGAGCCCGAACAGUUGACGAAUCCUAAAAAAUCAUGCAACAAAACUUUUAGCACGAUGCACGAACUAGUUACACACGUAACUGUGGAACACGUAGGGGGACCAGAACAGUCGAACCAUAUCUGCUUCUGGGAAGAGUGUUCAAGAGAGGGAAAGCCUUUCAAAGCCAAAUAUAAACUUGUAAAUCACAUCAGAGUCCACACUGGCGAGAAACCUUUUCCCUGUCCAUUCCCCGGCUGCGGCAAAGUCUUUGCUCGAUCAGAAAAUCUCAAGAUCCACAAAAGAACUCACACAGGGGAGAAGCCAUUCAAAUGUGAGUUCGAAGGGUGCGACAGGCGUUUUGCUAACAGCAGCGAUCGCAAAAAGCACAUGCACGUGCACACUUCUGACAAGCCGUACCUCUGCAAAAUGUGUGACAAGUCCUACACUCAUCCCAGCUCUCUGCGAAAACACAUGAAGGUCCACGAAGCAGCCUCUCAAGGGUCACAGCCUUCUCCUGCGGCAAGUUCUGGCUACGAAUCCUCAACACCCCCUACCAUCGUGUCGCCCUCUACAGAAAACCAGACCAACAGUUCAAUGUCCCCGACAUCAUCUGCAGUUCACCACCACACAUCCAACCACAGCACGCUCUCAUCGAACUUUAACGAAUGGUACGUUUAAGUAAACCUACAUAAAAAUACAAAAAAAAACUUUUCAAAAAAGACUCCAAAGUUACGAUCGCGAGGAAUCAAAGACAAAAAAGCUGCCAAUAGACGCCGAAAGGAAUAAUAAAAGAAGAAACCAAAACCUUUCAAAGGUUUAGUAGCGAAUCUUAAAAUGCAUGUAGGACGAUGCUAUUUCUCUAGCCAUUGCCAAGUGCUAGAUAUAGAGAACGAUCUGAUAAAGCUCUGAAAUUGCAUGUGUUCUAUGGCAGCGGUCUUUUUUCUUUCCUUUUUGUAAAUAUAGAUUUACUAGUUUAAGAGUCUAAUGUUUGAAUCCUGUACAUAGACAUAUCACAGGGGAUUUGUCAACGUGGUAUUUGCAUAUCUGGGUGACGGUUGGAAAAAAUGCAAUUAUUUGUUUAUGGAUGGCAAAAAGUUACUAUAGUCGAUGUGUACCAAAAUGUGAAUUACUUUGUAUUUGUCUCAACUGAGCGUCAGAAAGUUAGCAGAUACUAUUGUUAUUAAUGUGCUUUUUGUAUCCAGUGCAAACCUUUCGUCCCAAAGUCUAGUCAGAGUAGUGAAGUGUUCAAAGUGUUGCUUGUUAUGUCAAAAAAAUAUCGUAGUGCAAGCUUGGAACCCCGUGUUAAAAUGUAACUUUGUUUUAUGUAAGACUUGAUAUUAAAGCAAAAUAAGAAAUUUAUCUGUCCAUUGCCUUCGCAGUUGCGAUAAAUUUAUGUAUAUAUUCCCAAUCUCCAUAUUUAUCCGCAUGUACGUAAAUUACCGGUAUUACGUGUUACAGAUAUUCGAUAUUUAUGAAAAAUGCAUUCGUAUGUAAGACCUAGUUUACAAACUGUUCCAUAACAUUUCGUACAAUAUUAAAGAUUCCAAAAUCCAA